AAUAACGGUAAUUACUACAGGCACGACAAUAAUUGACGGUUACAGAACUACUAGGCGGUUUGAGGGGGCGGGGCUAGGUUGCGGAGCAACGGAAAGAGACGUUUAUUAGAGGCGUGGCUAUGCAAAGGAUGGCUUAACGGGGCGGCUCCGGACUCGGUUGAUUGGUUGACGCCGGAACACGUGAUUAAUCAGGGCGGCUAUUUUUAAGUGUCAUAAAACAUCAGAAAGAAAAAAAAAAGAAAAGUUCUCCGCUGACAGAGCAAAGAGAUUAUGAUUGAUCUCGUGUAGCCAUCAAAGUCUCGCGAGCGGUAACCAUAGCGACCGAACGCGGCGACAAACCUGGAGGGGGAGCAUAGCUGAGACUGCAACAGGGAGAGAAGGCCUUAUCUGGUGUGACCCGGGGCAGGUAUCCAGUUACCUUACAGACACAUUUGAGUUUCUUUACAAUGAGGCUGAAGACUUCUUUAUUGAAAGAACCAAAGCAUAAGGAGCUGGUUAGCUGUGUGGGCUGGACCUCUGCGGAUGAACUCUAUUCCUGCAGUGAUGACCACCAGAUUUUAAAGUGGAACUUAGUAAAUGGCGAAACUUCUUUGGUUGUAAAACUCCCAGAUGAUACGUAUCCUAUUGACCUUCACUGGUUCCCCAAAAAUGUGGGCAGCAAAAAGCAGGGGCAGUCUGACAUGUUUGUACUUACAAGUUCUGAUGGGAAGCUUCACCUUAUUUCUAAGUUGGGCAGAGUUGAGAAAAGUGUAGAGGCUCAUUCUGGAGCAGUGCUCGCUGGUCGCUGGAAUUAUGAUGGAACAGCACUGUUGACAGCUGGUGAGGAUGGACACAUAAAGAUAUGGUCUAAAAGCGGAAUGCUAAGAUCCACAUUGGUUCAGACUGGUUUGCCUGUUUAUUCUGUUGCCUGGGGUCCUGAUUCUGAGAAAGUCCUCUACCCUCUAGGAAAACAGCUGAUCAUUAAACCACUGCAGCCAAAUUCCAAAGUAUUGCAGUGGAAAGCUCACGAUGGAGUCAUUUUAAAGGUGGACUGGAAUCCUGUGAAUGACCUUAUAUUAUCUGCUGGAGAGGACUGUAAAUAUAAGGUUUGGGACAGCUAUGGACGUGCCCUAUACAGCUCUCCAGCCCAUGAAUAUCCUAUAACCUCAGUUUCCUGGGCACCUGAUGGAGAAUUGUUUGCAUUGGGUUCUUUCCAUACUCUUCGCCUGUGUGAUAAAACUGGGUGGUCCUAUGCAUUGGAAAAACCAAAUACUGGUAGCAUUUUCAGCCUGACAUGGUCGAUAGAUGGAACCCAGGUUGCUGGAGCCUGUGGAAAUGGUCAUGUUAUCUUUGCUCAUGUUAUUGAACAGCGCUGGGAAUGGAAGGAUUUUGAAGUAACUUUAACUAAGAGACGAGCUAUGCAGGUCCGCAAUGUUAUCAAUGAUGCCAUGGACUUGCUGGAAUUUCGUGACAGAGUUAUUAAGGCAUCUUUAAAGUAUGGACAUUUAGUGGUUUCCACCGCUCUUCAGUGUUAUGUAUUUAGCACGAAGAAUUGGAACACUCCACUUAUCUUUGACCUCAAAGAAGGAACUGUCAGCUUGAUCAUGCAGUGCGAGAGGCAUUUCCUCUUAGUGGAUGGUGGCAGUCUGUUUUUAUACUCCUACGAAGGUCGUCUCAUCAGCUCUCCUAAACUUCCUGGUAUGAGAACAGACAUUCUCAAUGCACAGACUGUAUCUUUGAGCAAUGAUACCAUUGCAGUGAAGGACAAAACAGAUGAAAAGUUGAUCUACUUGUUUGAUGCUUUAUCAGGAAAACCCCUUGGAGAUGGGAAGCCUCUUGCACAUAAGAUUGAAGUAGUAGAGAUUGCUCUGGAUCAAGGAGGACCGGCAAAUGAAAGAAAAAUUGCAUUUGUCGAUAAGAACCGAGAUCUCUACAUAAGUACAGUUAGGAAGCUUGGAAAAGAACAGAGAGCGGUGAAAAUCGGUAGUAUGGUACACACUUUAGCCUGGAGUGACCUAUCCAAUAUAUUGUGUGGUAUUCAGGACAGUCGUUUCACAGUCUGGUACUAUCCAAAUGUAGCCUAUGUAGAUAAAGAAUUGCUUCCAAAGACAAUUACUGAGAAAGAUAGAAGUGAGUAUAGUAAGAGUCCUCAGAUUGUGAGCUUUGUUGGGAACAGAGUGACAAUUCGAAGAAGUGAUGGCUCCCUGGUUCACACAAACAUAUCGCCAUAUCCAGCAAUUAUUCAUGACUACAUUGCUACUGCAAAGUGGAAUGAGGCUGUUCGGCUCUGCCGGUUUGUUAAGGAGCAGACUACAUGGGCUUGUUUAGCGGCUAUGGCUAUAGCAAAUAAAGAUAUGUCAACAGCCGAAAUCGCAUAUGCAGCAAUUGGCGAAAUUGAUAAAGUUCAGUACAUAAAUUCAAUUAAAGAUCUGCCAUCAAAGGAAUCCAGAUUGGCUCACAUCCAGCUGUUCAGUGGGAACUUUCAAGAAGCUGACGCCAUUAUCCUGCAGGCUGGCCUUAUUUACCAAGCUAUACAGCUCAACAUUGACUCCUACAACUGGGAGAGGGCCCUCGAACUAGCUGUGAAACACAAGACACAUGUUGAUACAGUUUUGGCUUAUCGGCAAAAGUAUCUGAAGGACUUCAAUAAGAAAGAAACAAAUAAAAGGUUCCUGCAGUAUGCAGAAGGUGUUGAAGUUGACUGGGAGAAGAUCAGAGCCAAGAUUGAAAUGGAACUUGAGAAAGAGCGAGCAACUAUUGGGCCGGUAGGCCCCUCAGUCAGGAGCAGCAUUUCAAUACAGCAGUGAAAGGGGGACAUUUGGUGUUAUAAGGUGGCUAUUUGGCUGUAUGGUCGCCCAUGCAAUACAAAGAUGACAAAGCUGCAUGUGUAGAUUAACACUCUGUUCUGAGUGGGAAUCCCCACAAUGCCUUCUAUACGUCUUUAUAAGACAAAUAGAAAGGAGUUUUCUUAAUUAGACAACUCCUUUAACAAACCUGAACUCUGACUUUCUCAUUACUGAUAUACAUUAUGCACAUAUUUAACCCCUUAAGGACCCAGCCCAUUUUCACCUUAAGGACCCGGGCAUUUUUUGCACAUCUGACCACUGUCACUUUAAGCAUUAAUAACUCUGGGAUGCUUUUAACUUUCAUUCUGAUUCCGAGAUUGUUUUUUCGUGACAUAUUCUACUUUGUCAGUGGAAAAAUGUUGUCCAUACUUGCAAUUUCUUAGUGAAAAAUUCAAAAAUUUGAUGAAAAAUUUGCAAUUUUUGCAUUUUUUUUAACUUUGAAACUCUCUGCUUAUAGACAUAAGAAAUAAAUUAUAUAUUAAUUCGCAUAUACAAUAUGUCUACUUUAUAUUUUCAUCAUAAGAUUGACAUGUUUUUACUUUUGGAAGACAUCAGAGGGCUUCAAAGUUCAGCAGCAAUUUUCAAAAUCUGAAUUUUUCAGGGACCAGUUCAGUUUUGAAGUGGAUUUGAAGGGCCUUCAUAUUAGAAAUACCCCAUAAAUGACCCCAUUAUAAAAACUGCACCCUUCAAAGUAUUCAAAAUAACAUUCAGAAAGUGUGUUAACCCUUUAGGUGUUUCACAGGAAUAGCAACAAAGUGAAGGAGAAAAUUCUAAAUCUUCGUUUUUUACACUCGCACAUUCUGGUAGACCCAGUUUUUGAAAUUUUACAAGUGGUAAAAGGAGAAAAAGCCCCCCAAAAUUUGUAACCCAAUAUCUCUCAACUAAGGAAAUACCUCAUAUGUGUAUGUAAAGUGUUCGGCGGGCUCAGAAGGGAAGGAGUGACAAUGGGAUUUUGGUGAGUUUUUCUGAAAUGGUUUUUGGGGGGCAUGUCACAUUUAGGAAGCCCCUAUGGUGCCAGAACAGGAAAAAACAUGGCAUACAAUUUUUAAACUACACCCCUCAAGGAGCGUAACAUGAGGUACAGUGAGCCUUAACACCCCACAGGUGUUUGAUGACAUUUCGUUAAAGUCGGAUGUGUAAAUUAAAUAUUUUUUGUCUUCACUAAAAUACUGGUUUUCCCCCAAAUUUUACAAGGGGUAAUGGGAGAAAAUGCCCCAAAAUUUGUAAUCUCAUCUCUUCUGAGUAUGGAAAUACCCCAUGUGUGGACGUCAAGUGCUCUGCUGGCGCACUACAAUGCUCAGAAGAGAAGGAGUCACAUUUGGCUUUUGAAAAGCAAAUUUUGCUGAAAUGGUUUUUGGGGGGCAUGUCACAUUUAGGAAGCCCCUAUGGUGCCAGAACAGCAAAAAAUACCCCACAUGGCAUACUAUUUUGGAAGCUACGCCCCUCAAGGAACAUAACAAGGGGUACAGUGAGCCUUAACACCCCACAGGUACUUGACAAAUUUCCGCUAAAGUAAGAUGUGAAACUGAAAAAUUCAAUUUUUUUUUUCUCUAAAAUGCUGGUGUUACCCCACAUUUUACAUUUUCACAAGGGGUAAUAGAAGAAAAAGCAUCCCAAAAUUUGUAACCUCAUUACUUCUGAGUAUGGAAACUAGGGAUUGACCGAUAUUGAUUUUUUAGGGCCGAUACCGAUAACUUCUAGGCCGAUAGCCGAUAAAUUAUACCAGAAUCCGUAUAAGUUAUCGGCUAUUUCUCGCUACUUCUAAUGCUCAAAAGAGAAGGAGCACCAUUGAGCUUUUGGAGAGAGAAUUUGGUUGGAAUGGAAGUCGGGAGCCAUGUGCGUUUACAAUAUCCCCCCGUGGUGCCAGAACUGUGGACUCCCACACACACACAUUUGACCCCAUUUUGGAUACUACACCCCUCACAGUAAGCAUUUACACCCCACUGGCUUUUGACAG